AUGCGGUACGGUGACGCGCUGCGGUCGCUGGGGCUCACGCACGGCGCGCACAGCCGGGACGAGGUGCGGGCCGCCUUCCACCGCGUGGCCAAGCGCACGCACCCAGACGUGGUGCCUCCCGGCAUGCGAGACCAGGCCGAGACCGAGUUCAAAAAGAUCCUCGAGGCAUACCACUUGUUGGCCACUCGUCCAGCCAGAUAUCACCCGAUGAGAAGACGCUCCUCUCCUUCCUCUCCUUCUUCUGCUCACGCAACGGCUAGCACGGCUAGAGCAGCAGGAAUGGCAGGGGUGGCGGGAAGCGGUGUGCUUCACGGCAGUGCGGUGCCCCGGGGCAGCAUGUCUCACCAUGGGCUUGUAGCGCUGCCAUUUGUGCUCCUCGUGCUCGGCACCGUCUCACUCGGCACAUCCUGCCUUGUAUACUCGUACAAGAAAGCCACCAAGGACAGCAAGUCCAGGAAUCCAUUUCUUCCAUAG